GAGGUCACUUCAGUAGUUUUUAUUGUGCCAUAACUGCCAUAGAUGGCGCUAGAAAACGUACAGAUAAAGUAAUAAUUUGUAACAUAUCGAUUAUUAAGAAAAUAAUUAUCAAUUUUUAAUUAUGUAUAAAACGAAAUUUAAAUAUUAUACAAUUGUUUUUAGUUAAAUCAAGCCAUUUAAAUAUUAUUUUCAUAGAACUCUAAAUCUAUACAUAGAUCCAUAGACCAUAGAUCGAUAUCUAUGGUCUUAUAGAAACGCAUCGCUUUGAAAAAUUAAAUCAAUAUGGCGACAACAACAUUCUGUGCAUACGCAUGUCUGAAGUUUUUUCCAUAUUAUUAGUGAUUCUUUGUGAAAAUUUGCUGCUGAUCCGCGUUGAGUCGAGUUUUUAUUCCUCCGCCGUGAAGUGUAAAAUUAUCCGAAGAAUUUUUGGCGAGUUGAGCUUCUAGCUCCUCCCCUACCCAAUUCUCUAUCGAGUUAACAACAUGCCCAGACGGUGUGAAUUUGGCUGUCCAUCACCUUACGAAUCGGGUGUCACUAUUCAUAGAUUUCCUCACAUGAGAAAGAAUCCAGAACUUUUCAAGGUUUGGGUGCAUGCAGUGGGAGGAAAAUUGGAGAAACAGGAAGAUUAUGAAUAUUACCAAAGAAAAGUUAUAUGUGAUAGGCAUUUUAAAGAGCAAGACAAAAACCGCAACAAUCGUCUGAACUCUAUGGCAGUACCAUCACUCCAUCUACCAGAUGACAUAAAUCAGCCAGGUGCACUUGCUGUUACGCCUGAUGUUCCAUCUGCAUCUCUGUUGUUAGAGCAAGUCACUUCUUCAUCUUCAAUAAAUCAACAUCAUAUGGAAGAUGACAUAAAUCUGCCAGGUGCACUUGCUGUUACGCCUGAUGUUCCAUCUGCGUCUCUGUUGUUAGAGCAAGUCACUCCGUCCUCUUCUAUUAAACAACAUCAAUUAAAAGAAAAGUUUGCUGCUAACGUAGCAUCAGAACACAACUACAUUAAACGUGAUAACACAUAUUUUGAUGUAAAAAGGAAGAGAGUGUGCAAGAAAGUUACUUCUUCAGUCAUUACCAGUCAACUGGGAGUCUCAAGAACACAAAUCAAAUUAUUAAAAAAUGAAAUUAAAAUAUUGCAAAACAGAUGUAAUCGCUUUAAGGCAAGAUUGGCAGGUGCAGAAAAAAUCGGCAGAAACAAUUUUUUUAGAAUUUUGACGCAAAAUAUGACAGGAGCUGCUAAAAUUUUUACAGGAAUGCAAUAUAAACAGACACCGAAGAAACCAAAUGGACGUCGAUUCACCUUAAAAGAAAAGGUCUUAUCCCUAUCGAUAUAUAAAAGAAGUCCUAAAAACUACAACCUGCUAUCGAAAUUCUUCACUUUACCAUCGCCUAGAACGCUAAAGAGCCUACUGACACAGCUAAAAUUAGAAGAAGGUCUCAACAAAACUGUGUUUUUAAAAAUUAAAGAAACUGUUAAAGAGUUGAGUCCAGAGGAUCGCUUGGUAACAUUAAUGUUUGACGAAAUGGCAAUAAUGCCUCACAUUGAAUACAAUGUUUCCAAGGAUAAGUUGCAGGGUUUUGCCUUUAAUUCAAAAACUUUUGCUGACCAUGUGCUAGUUUUUAUGGUUAAAGGCAUAAAGAAAAAAUUUAAACAGCCAGUGGCUUAUUAUUUUACUAGUUGUUUAAAUAAAUAUAAACUAGAAGAAUUGAUAAAAAAAGUAAUAAAAUAUGUUCAAGGGACUGGGCUCAACAUAAUAGCCACAGUAUGUGACCAAAAUACGAUUAAUGUUGGUGCUAUAAAUGCCUUAAUAAAUAACACAAAGGAAAAAUAUAUCAGGGAAAAUAAAGAAUGGAGAGAUGAUUUUAUUCAAAUUGGAAAUAAUAAAAUUUUUCCAUUAUAUGACAUUCCACAUAUAAUUAAAGGAAUAAGAAAUAAUAUUCUGACCAAAGAUUUAAAAUAUUUUGAUGUUGACCGUAAAGAAGAAAAGAUUAUAAAAUGGGAUUACUAUAAACAAGUUUAUGAAGCUGAUAAAUCCUACGGAGAAUUAAAACUUCUACAAAAAUUGACAGACGAACAUAUAUAUCGAGAAAAAAUUAAAAAAAUGAAGGUUAAAACGGCGGCGCAAAUAUUCAGCCACAGCGUCGCCGUCGUCACGGAACACUUGACCGCUAGAGGUGAUGUACCACAGGAAUGUAGGAAUAUUAUUCCAUUCACGAAAAUGAUAGACAAUUUGUUUGACUCGUUAAACAGCAGCACUUUUCAUGUACCUAAUGGUAAAAUAUAUCGAGGUUGUGUAAAAAGAAACUCACCACACCAUAAAUUAUGGAAUGAUGCCAUUAAAAUGCUCAAAUCUGUUAAAUUUAUAAAAGUUGUAAAAUGCAAUAACAGUAACAAAAUUAGAUUUGUUGAAACAUCCAACGUACCCUCUAUACAAAAUUUAAUCAAAACGAUUGAGGGAAUUAAAAACGUAUGGAAUCUUUUGUCACAUAAAUAUUCAUUUGAUGCUAUGUUCACAAGAAACUUCAAUCAGGACCCACUGGAAAACUUUUUCGGAAACGUGAGAAGUCUUGGAAUUAGAAAUACGGCGCCAGAUACAGUAGCCUUUGAAGGAGCAUACAAAUCAUUAUUGUUAAAUAAUUUUAAUACUAUUCAUUCCUCUCACGCCAAUUGUGAAGGGGAUGAAAAUACGUGCUUACAAAAUAUAGACUUUUUUUUAAAGGAAAAUGUAGCUUCUGUUUCGGAACAAACAGUUAGUGUUCUACCUGAUGAAAAUAUAGACAAUGAUGAAAUUGUUUUACCAGUGAUUAAUUUAAAUGAAGAUAUAGUAGAUGCUGGCCAAGGAAAUUACGUCUGUGGGUGGGUCCUGACAAAGUGUUUAACCAAAGUGGCAAAAUCUUGUAAAGAUUGUAGGGCCGAUGUUAUUGGUGAUCCAAAUCAUAAAUCAAAUGAGUAUUUACGGGCAAAAGAAUACAAUAAGAAUAAAACAAAUUUAUGCUACCCUUCUCCAAAUUUAUCCAAAUGUUUUGUACAAAUACAAAAUAUUACACACGAAAUGCUUAAGAGUAGAGUUCCCAAAACUAAUCUUAAAAAAAAAAUCAAGAUAUUUACGGAUAUAUUUGUAGAAUACCCGUUUGCAUGUGUCAAUCAUAAAAAUGAAAUGAAAUUUUUUUUUGAAAACACUGUUAUUAACAUUUUAAUUCACAGUUGGUGUCGCUCUAUUAACAGAAUUUUGACUGGCAAAUCUACAUAUAAUGGUGAUGAUGAAGUGAAAAGUGCUGCUCAAGCGUAUAGAAAUAAGCAUAAGUGUCACAAGUUUUAAAUAAAAUGUUACGUAUAUAAUAAA